AUGUUAGGAGGUGCUAAACUAAAAGUAGUGUUUACUCACGAAAAAACUUGCUUCGCAUAUAUAAGUCCAAAGUACAGUAGUAAUAAUGAACAGUCUCAGUGCCUUCAAGUUCUAUACAAAGACAAGCACCUGUUUUUAUGGGUGGUGUACAGCAGCGGUGUUGCGGAAGGACAAAUAGCUUGCAAUCCAGUGCAUAGUCAACUGAUUGGCCUAGAUGAGGGAGCUGAUGUGUUUGUCUCACCAUACGGUGAUGUGCGAGUGCUGGAUGAAUUGUAUAUAGAUACGGACAGCCCUGAUGACCAGGAGUUGUUGGAACACAAUGCGGAAUUACUGCAGCUACGAAUACUAGAUCAGCUUCGAUAUGUGGCGGCACAUCAAAAAUGCGUCGUGUGGAUAUUUUCAUCGAUGCCCAUCGUUUUCACGCCGAAGCAGACCGGCUUGCUCGUGAACCAGAGCCGCGUAGUCGUUAAAGUUGACGCGUUCAAUAGCUACCAAGGCUUCCAAACACAACCUCCAGCACCAAACGAACCCAAUGGCCCUUUUAAAAAUAUAGGCUUAAUAAACGAAGAGAUGCUUCGUCCAUAUUUGAACUCACCAAAGAGGCUUGUAUUGCGUUCGGUACCUAUAGACAGCGACGGCAAAAAGAAUUUGAUACAUCCUUACACGGUUUUCAUACAUGAAGAUUUAAUAGGCGAAUGCUUCAAAAAUUUAACUGUUAUAUUAUCGACUAUGAAUUCUAUUCCUUCGAUUCUGAGCGAAACUGAUGAAGACGAUAAAGAGAACAAUAAUAACGCCAUAAACGAUUUGUGCGUUGAAAUUGUGCCCAUAGACGGUAUCAUAUACAGGAGCUUGAGCCGCGAAGUGUACAACAGAAACAUACCGACAGUGUUGAUACCGAAAUCAUUGAAUGCCAUUAUCAACAUUGAGAAUGGAACGAGAAUUAUAUUCAACAUAAUCGGGGAUACGGUAGAGCAACCUGUGCACAUUGAAUUGGUGACGUAUACAGAAGAAAAACAAACAGAAGUCCAUGUUAUAGACAGAUUCAAGAAAUGCGUCAUAGAGAACACGCAUUCAGGCAAAAGAUUUUUAAUAAAUAACGGCAUAGUUAAGCAGAAUAGUCAGAUAAGCGAUGGUUAUUUGCGGUUCAAUUUGAAACCAGACGGUUUGAAAUAUACCCUCUUGGAUUCGGAGAGUUUGAGGCAUUUCACUACGAAGGCAACGUGCCUUAACGACACGGAUUUAGUCCUGCCGAAACGCAGCGCCUCCCGCAUGGAAUAUGAUUUCAAGAACUAUUGCAGGACAAUGAAAUCAAUGGAGACUUUGAUAAGUAAAGUUCUCUCGCAUUUGUAUUUCGAAAUACAUAGAGAGGCGACGUUUAAAAAUGCAUCAGAGAUUAAAAGCAACGUUCUGAUCACGGGGUCCAGUGGUAUGGGUAAAACAUCGUUGUGCCACAUAAUCGAAAAUGAGCUGACGGUCUGGUCUCAUACGUUGCACUGCAGGGCGCUCAGGGGCCGUAAGGAUAUACCGGAGAUCCUGGGCAAAGCUAUCCUCAUGUGCCAAGAGCACAGUCCGGCUGUAUUGAUCUGCGACGACGUGGACGCCAUGGUACCGCCCGAUAUGGAGGGAGUUUCGCCCCAGGAUAUAGCGUAUUAUCAGAGAUUAGCCGUGGUCAUCAAGCACCUCCUGCAGACGUGCGCGGGUGUGUGCGUGCUGAUGACGUCACUCUCGAUGAAGUCCCUGCACCCGGUCCUCAGGCAGUUCAACGGGAAGCCGCUGUUCACGGCGCACUUCGAUAUACCUGAAGUUGAGCAGGAUGAAAGAGUGGAGCUGUUCAAGCAUUUGAUGAACGAGAAGAUCCGUCAGCAGUUCGAGGUAGCGGACGAUGACGUCAUCACGUUAGCCAUGGACACCGCCUCGUGCACAGUGCGGGACAUCAUCGACCACUUCAAUAAGAAGAUAUUUAAAGCCGUCAAGAUGAAAAAAGCGAACCCAGACAUUGUGAAGCCUCGUUUAGUCGAGGAAACAGCUAAGGACACAGAGAAAACCACCGCGUUCGACAUAUGGGGGCCGGUGGGGGGCUUGGACGACGUUAAGCGGGAACUCACGGAGUGUAUCUUCUGGCCCGUCAUGUACCCAGCGUUGUUCCCGUCACAAUCCUGUGGGAUCCUACUGUACGGUCCCCCCGGAACCGGCAAGUCCUACAUCGGGUCCUGUCUCGCCAGACUCAACAAUAUGCACAUGAUAACAGUGAAAGGGCCCGAGCUUCUCUCCAAGUACAUAGGGCAGAGCGAGAAGGCUGUUCGGGAUGUCUUCGACAAAGCGGACAUGAAGCGUCCGUGCAUAUUGUUCUUCGACGAAUUCGACAGUCUCGCGCCCAAACGUGGUCACGACUCGACCGGAGUGACGGACAGAGUGGUGAACCAGCUGCUGGCGAGGAUGGACGGCGCCGAGGGCGGGGCCAGGGGUCCCGUUAUAGCGGCCACGUCGAGGCCGGACCUGGUGGACCCGGCGCUGCUGAGAGCCGGCAGACUUCAGAGGCAUAUCUACUGCGAACUGCCCGAUAGGUGGGGCAGACACGAAGUACUCCAAACAUUGACGAAGAAUCUAACCGUAGACCAAGAGGUAGACCUCCGAGAGUUGUCUGAGCGCACCGAGGGGUACACUCCCGCCGAUCUCAAGUCCUUACUGGUCACGGCGCAACUGACAAGACUAGAGAAACAAUUGGCUCACAACGACGACACGACAUUGGGGUCCGUGGUGGUGCAGCAAGAAGACAUCGAUGGAGCUUUGGAGGAAACCAAACCUUCGUUGUCGAGAGAACAAUUACUGUUCUACGAUAUGAUAUACAAAAGGUUUAGAGGCGAGACUCUGACGUCCGAACAGAAGAUAAUGGCCGGCCGGUUUGAGAAGCAACGCGCCACUUUAGCUUAAAAGAUAGAGAGAGAGAGAGAAGAUAGAGAUAAU